UGUCAGCACAGUUUGACAUGUUUACACUGCGCUGCCGAUGAUGUUUUGCUUGUUUUGUAAUCACAAAUUUCAACCAAAAACACUGGCUGCGCGCUGCAUGUUGAUAAUGAAAUUUCUCUGCUAGUUCGGUGUAGAAUUCCGUGUUUUAUUCGCCAUGGAAAUCGUCAACCCGAACGCGGCCAUCCUCACCAACUUUGAGGUUAUGGCCACGCUCAAGGGCAUGAAGAGCAGCAAAAAGAAGUACGGCCUGCGCAACCUGGCCACCAUCACGUACGAGACGGUGCAGUUCCUGGAGGGCACCUCGUGCAAGGACCAGACGGCGGAAUCGGUGGUCGAGUUCCUGAAGGCCAUGAAGCAGUUCAACUUGACGAAGAACGAGUGCCUCAUGAUGGUGAACGAUCCGCCGGCCUCGGCGCUGCACAUCCAGAUCAUGAUCGAGGACUCGGACGAGCGGCUCACGGACGAACAGGUGGCCAAGAUUAUCGAGUACGCGGCCAAGGUUCGGGGCCCGGCGGACGGUGGGGGAGAAGGUGGUGGUGGUCAUCAGGCAGACGAGCAGGAUGGAUAGAGUUAGGCUAGUUUUUUUCGUUUCUUACAUUAAGAAAAUUUGUAUAUUUAUUGAUUAAAUUAAAAACACGACUUUCAAAAGUAAGGAUA